CCGUGAUCGCAAGUGGUCAAAUGAUCCGAAUGAUGAAAUGAAUGCAUGAUGGUGUUGUGAGGUCAAAAUCUAAUAAGAAUAAGAAGUAUCUCUCAUCUGUUCCCAUUUCAUUUGUAUUAAUGAGUAUAUUGACGUCAAGUUUUGGAGUACGAAUCCUCAAGACAAAGCAAUUAACCCAAGAUGACUAAGCAACGUCAAGUCCCUCCCGAGGGAGUUUUUGUUCCUGUCCCAACCUUCUUCAAACCUUCGACAACACCACUCUCCACAGACCAAGCAGCAGUAGAUGUUCCAGCUCAAGUUCAACACAGCAUUCAUCUUGCCAAAAAUGGGAUCCGUGGGCUUGUACUUCUUGGUAGCACAGGAGAAGCUAUCCAUCUUUCCCGCACUGAACGAUCCGAACUGAUAUCUGGUGUUCGAAAUGGGCUUACUUCCGCAGGCUUCCCAGACUACCCAAUUAUGGCAGGUGUGUUGACAAACUCUCUGAAUGAGGCAUUGGAAUGGUUGGCAGAUGCGAAAGAAGCCGGUGCACAAUGGGGGCUUGUUCUUGCGCCUGGGUAUUUUGGACCUGCUGCGAACCAAGAGAACAUUCAAGAAUGGUACAAGAUCGUGGCAGAUGCUAGUCCUAUUCCAAUUUUAACGUAAUGUCUAUCUCACUAUUGCUAAAUCAUCCAAAACUAAUUCGCUACCUCUCCAGAUAUCAUUAUCCAGGAGUUACAAACAACAUCACAAUAAGUCUCGAUACAUACACGAAACUCGCUGCACAUCCCAACAUUGUGGGAUGCAAGAUGUCCCAUGGGAAUGUUUCACACCAUCUGCAAGUCUCGUUGACGCCAGAUAUUGAUCACGAAAACUUUCGUGUAUUCAGUGGCUUUGGUCAACAACUUGGCCCUAUUGUGCAUUUUGGUGCGGCUGGUGUGAUUGAUGGGCUCGCCGCAAUUUAUCCUCGGACCGUUGCUCGUUUGUUCGAACUUGCUAAAAAACGCCCUGUUGAACCUGCAGAAUUACAAGAGUUGUUAUCGCUUCAAUUUUCCGUCAGCCGUGCAGAAGAGUUCGUUGUGAAAUGGGGAAUAAUAGGGAUCAAAGAAGGAGUUUAUCGAACAUUAGGUAUAGGAAAUUUGGAGGGGGGAAGAUUACCUCUAAGGGGUAAACUACCUGAAGGGGAAUGGCAGACUUGGGACUUUGCCACCAAUCCCAUGAAAGCCCUCGAAAGUUCAUGAUUCUCUAAUCUUUGAGUGGCUUGAAGGGUUAUGAAUCUUUCAGACAGGUCGAAAUACUCUGAAAAGAUAGUUUUCUAAAAAUGCAAUUCAACUUGUUUGAAAGAAAAGAAAUUUUGUCCUACAUUGUCACAGAAUCUCCCUAUCUAUUUCCUUUUCUUUUCCAUAUUUACAUCCAGCAUCGUGGAAUGCGGGAGUUCAUUCCUUGGUGUAUCUUUCCCAAUAACGGCAUUCCCUUCGCAAAUUUUUCACCGCGAUAUGGCCUAGAUUGUGUCUCAUGCAUUGCAUGGUUAUUUUUAACUCCUGCCUCUUGCCUGAUGAAUACUGUUGUUCCUCGCCGUUAUUAUGUCUUUGCUCCGAGGAAUGCCCCUCAUUCUAAUUGUUCUUGCGUCAUUCGUCCUCUUCAUCUACUUCCACCAGCGAGCUGUUGCAAUACUGUCACAAAUCGACUGCCCAUCCGAAUCAGCUGAGUA